AUGGCCCUUUCGGUGUUGGUCGUCUUGCUCCUGGCUGUGUUGUAUGAAGGCAUCAAGGUUGGCAAAGCCAGGCUGCUCCACCAGGCCCUGAUGAGCCUGUGCAUCUCCACCAGCCAGCAGCUCAUCGAAGAGACAGACCAGAGUUCUUCAAGCUCAGAGUCCCCUGCGGUCAGCAGAACCCACCUCAGGUGGUUCUUGUGUCCCUUCGGCCAGUCUCUACUUCAUGUUGCUCAGGUGGUCAUCGGCUACUUCAUGAUGCUGGCUAUUAUGUCCUACAACACCUGGAUUUUCUUUGGCGUGGUCCUGGCUCAGGUGUGGGCUACUACCUAG